GGCCACGUGACCGCACCUCCCUGCCGCCGCCGGGAGAGCUCUCCACGUCAGCCUACGUCUCCCCAUCUCUUACUUCACGGAUCCGCUUCAAAGGGGCAGCUGCGUUAGAGAAUCAUGUUAAGCUCAGCUAAUGCGGAGAAGCCGAGGUAGCCCUAAUGAUGGAUUUUGAUGAGCGUGUUCCUUGUUCCUCUAACAUGUAUUUGCCAAGUUGUACUUACUACGUCUCGGGUCCUGAUUUUUCCAGCCUCCCUUCUUUUUUGCCCCAAACCCCGUCUUCUCGCCCUAUGACAUACUCCUACUCCUCCAACCUACCCCAGGUCCAACCUGUGAGAGAAGUUACCUUCAGGGAAUAUGCCAUUGAUCCCUCCAGUAAAUGGCACCCCAGGAACAAUCUGCCCCACUGCUACUCCGCAGAGGAGAUCAUGCACAGAGACUGCCUGCCUGCCACCAACACUGCUAGCAUGGGCGAGAUGUUCGGCAAAAACACAGCUAACGUCUACCACCCCAGCACCAACGUCUCCUCCAAUUUCUAUAGCACGGUGGGCAGGAACGGGGUCCUGCCCCAGGCUUUCGACCAAUUUUUCGAGACGGCUUAUGGCACGGCGGAAAACCUGGCCUCGGCGGACUACCCGGUAGACAAGAGUGGCGAGAAGGCGCCCGCGGCCGCCGGGGCGGCGGCGGCGGCAACUUCAAGUUCGGAGGGCGGCUGCGGCAGGGCGGCGGCGACGGCGGCGGAGAAGGAGAGGAGGAGGCGGCCGGAGAGCAGCAGCAGCCCCGAGUCAUCUUCCGGCAACAAUGAGGAGAAAUCCGGCAGUUCCAGUGGACAACGUACACGUAAAAAGAGAUGCCCAUACACCAAAUACCAGAUUAGAGAGUUAGAAAGAGAAUUCUUCUUCAGUGUCUACAUAAACAAAGAGAAACGCCUCCAGCUCUCCCGAAUGCUCAAUCUGACCGACCGUCAAGUCAAAAUAUGGUUUCAGAACAGAAGAAUGAAAGAAAAAAAAAUUAACAGGGACCGAUUACAAUAUUACUCAGCUAAUCCACUACUUUAAAACUCAUAGCGUUUUUCAAGAUGAGAUUAAAUUCAGAUUUCGCCCUUGACAAGGUCAAGCCAAGGGGUUACGUGGAGGAAGGAGGUGUGUAUCUGACGGGACUAGAAGAAUCUAAGGUUUUACACACAUGUAAACCUACUCUGGAACUGCGAUGAUGAUUUUUUUUUAUAUAUAUAUAUUUACAUAUCAACUGGAAUCGAUUUGAUUUUGA